AAUAUAGAUGUCAAAAUGACGCACGUCGGCGUUCAGAUAACGCAAAGCGUGGGAAGAAGCGGAUGCAGGUGCAGAUGACCAUCAGGGAUCUGAAGGUACCGCGGGAGUCCCUGGACGAUAUAUAAGGGGGCCCAGAUUAGGCACAAUUCAGACGUGAUCCACCAGAGUUAGCGCAAGCACCUUCACGUCACCCAGUUUAAUAUUUUAUGUCUCCUGGACUUAGAAUAUUUUUCACAAGUUUUAUUAAAUUAAUUAAUUGGACUUAGAAUAAUUUUAAAUAAAAAACACUUAGAAUAAUUUCGAGAGUUCAAUUAUUUCACAAAACCUUUCCAAAUCGACAUCAUUCAACUGAUUGUACGUGGCACGUUACAAAUUUGGCGCAGUCGGUAGGAUUCUUUCAAAUAAGAAUUCUUUGGACGAACAAUUUUAAUUUUUUCGAACUUAGAAAAUUUUCGGGAAAAAAUAUUUUUUUUUCCACUUCGAAAAUUUUUCGAAAAAAUUUAAAAUAUAUCCACUUCGAAGAAUUCACGGAGGCACAUUCGGCAACGAAUCACUGUUGAAGAAGACAACUGCAGAACGUCAACUUCAGCGACUCCGAAAGAGAAAGAAUCAACAAGUAACACCACGGCUCAGCAAUCAAGAAGAAUGGAAGCAUCAACUCAAACCAUCGUUGUGAGCCGACAAAUUGAAGUAAUAUAUCUGACAACGGAAGGGCAUAGGCGCAUAGUGCCAUUGGUGGAAAAUGCACAAUUAGACGUAGUUCCUGAAUUCGGGUUGGAAAUAAAAGAAACAGCAGGAGGACGUCUGGUGACUCUCCGGUUAAAUAAGGGAGAUGAAAUGUUGGGGGAAAUGCAGUUGUACACGUAUCUGGGGUGCAUGGAGUUUGAAAGAAACCCUGUGUACUCGCACAUAUAUGGUGCACAUAACGAAAUCUGCUGGGAUUGGCAUGAACCACAUGAAACGCUGUCAGAGGAAUCGGUACUCUGCCAAUGUAUUUUGGACAACUUCCGAUGUGAAGGAAACCGAAGGAUACAUUUGACACCGAUAACGUAUGGAAGGCCGCACAUGUGGUUGCCUACCAUGAACUUGUUGGAAAGCGUGAGCUUUUUUGCUAGCAGAUGGGAAUUAAAAAUCGGAUUCCUUAAAAAUUUGGGUAGAAAAAUAAAACGCCAAAAACACUGUUUCUUAGUGGGGGACAGGGAAAUCCCCGCCUGCUUUGACCACCAUGUGCACUCUGCGGCAGCACUUUUGCCUUACCCGUUAAGUCCUCACGUAAUAGAGCAAUCUAUUGCAACUUUGAGAUCAGACCUCUUGAGAAUCAUACAAAGUGAUGAGCCCUAUACAAGACCUAUGUGCUGGAUCAUGAGAAGAGAAAUUCUGAGGACAACGUCGGAGGAAAUUUUUAACAAAAUAAAUGAAAAUUAAUUGCUAGUAGUAUUUAGUUAGAAUUAAUAAGAUAAAUUAUAUUUAAGUAAUAAAUAAUGAUAA